GGAGGGACGUCGGGCCUUUCCGCCACGCGACUGCAGUCGCAGGCGGAAUCGCUCGACGUUCAUGCAUAAGGUGUAAUCAGGUAGUCGAUCCUGUUCGCAGCCACCCAGCUCACCACCACCUAUGGUACACUCUCGCAAAUCCCACAUCCCUCGAGCGUGGUCGCCACCCGCACCCUACGAAUCACAUCGCCAUGGCUCGCUUGUACGGCCACCAUGCCUCGCCGGCAUGCGAUCGAAUCAAUGGCGGAAUUGCGAAGAACCCGAAACCUCGAACCGAAGGCGAAACUGCGAAGGACCCGAAACCUCGAACCGAAGGCGAAAAUGCGAAGGACCCGACACCUCGUCCCGUACAACUUCGGCGCCUUCUAGACAACGAUACCUCGGACGUCACGGAAAUGGAGGCAGCCAACGCGACAGACGGUGAAGCCGACGAAACGCUGGUGCGCGCUCGAAGCAAUGCUGGAAGCUCUAGCAAGGAACCUCUAGAAGUGUUGCGGGCUUGGUGGUGGGAGGAUGUUAAGAAAGUGGACACACUGGAUAUCUACUGG